UAAGUGUCACGCGUAAUCAGGUCUUCAAUCCACAGGGCCCUCCAUACAGCGCCAAGCCUCUGCUUGACACAAAUCCAGCAAAGGGCACUCACCCAUUCACCGUGGCUGCUCUUUCUAGGGCUCCUCCACUGAGCAAGUCCACAGGCAGUGGCCCUCGCCCACGCGCUGCUUCUAGAGGCCCAACCUGCCGCCCACCAGAGACGUUGCGCUUUUCUCCUGCAACGCCUCAGCCCGCUUGGCUGAACUGAAGUCCCUCCCCAACACAGCCCGAGGGCGUAAAGGUGGGAGAAGCUUCCUUCUCUCUUAAAAACUCAGAGGAGGCAGCCGGCGGUCCAGGCUCCCCCGGGACCCCCUUCUUAGCCAAUUGUGCCCUCCCUUGCAGGGCUGCAGAGAGGGCUAUUCGUUGGUGACUUCCUUUGGGAGGAAAAUGAGCAGCGUCAGGCACCCUUUUUCACCAUUUGGGUUUCUUCUACGGAGAAGCCUUUCUCCUCUGAAACUCCUCAGUAUUUCUCACAGCUUUCCUCAAACGGGCAACUAUGUUCAUCCGGGCUUCCGCCAACUCCAAUCGGCGUGAUUUCUUAGAGAUGCUACCUUAGAUUCUUACAGUCCUGGAUUCCUCGUUUGCGAGAAAUCGCUUUCCUAAAAGAAAACCGAAACUGGUCUCCUGGGGGGGUCAUUUCUUUGAGCCUACGCGCGCGUCUUCGGAAAAAACCCGUGGAAUCGAGAAUAAUAUCCCUCCCCGAUGAAACCAGAAGGAGGCGUGCCCAGCUGAAGACGUUUGAGCCGGGAAAUCGAAACUAAAUGUACGACACGGAGGAAGCUCGUAACCUCCCUUUUUUACCGCUCGAUUGAGGCGGGGGUCCCAUUGAGAAAGAGGUAGAUUUAAACUGUGACACCAUAUCUGCAAUCCUCGAUGGGGGCUCAGAAGCCUCUCAUUGUGCCCUGGCUGGUAGAGCAAUUGGACACCCAGCGAUACCCAGGUGUGUCCUGGCUCAACGCAGAAAGAACACUCUUCCGAGUGCCGUGGAAGCAUGGCUCACGCCAGAGCAUUAGCCCAGAGGAUUUUCAGAUCUUUGAGGACUGGGCCAUUGUUAGAAGCCUUUACAACCCAGGAACGGAUCCUCGAACUCCUUCAGAAUGGAAGAGAAACUUUCGCUCUGCCCUGAACAGAAAAGAUGGUAUUGAGAUGGUGAAGGAUAACAGCACUGACUCUAAAGAUCCUCACAAAGUGUAUAAAAUCAACCAUAAUAUUGCCAAUCUAAACGGUCCAGCUGUGGGGGCAGCCAGUAUAGAGGUCAGUGAUGCACCCUUGGUUCCAGCUGAAAGUAGGAGGCCCUGGGGAAUAAGUUCAUCUUCUAGUCAGGAUGAAACACUGGAGGAUGUGCUGAAUUCCCUGGAUCUCUCCAGUCCUGAUAAAACCCUAGGAGAAGACUGUCCGGGGUGGUUUGAAACUCUGUCUCCAUCCAAAUUGGAUCUGGCUAUUUCUACAAUGCCAGUAACCCCAUUGGAACAAACUGGGGGAACUGAUGAAAUUGUCCCAUAUACAGGGAUAGGGGCAGACAACACAAUUUGCUGUGGAGGCCCACCUUCAUCCAAUUUAGAAUUGAAUCCAUCCAUUGCCACAAUCCUACCGUUGGAACAACUGAUGGCAACCCAGGAGUUUGAGACGGAUUUUGAGGUUCGUACUUUUUAUCGGGGUCGUCUGGUCCUCAGUGAAGUGUUCAGGAAUUCACGAGGCCUGUGCUUUGUGCCUCCUGGUGUCUCUGGCAAUUGUCCUGGUUUGGCGGAUGUGUUACUGCCUGACCCCGCCAUUUUGAGCGAUCAGCUGCAAGCAUCAUUCACACGUCGCCUUCUCAAAGGAGUGGCUCCAGGUGUGCUGCUCUGUAUUGAGGGGAACCAGUUGUGUGGCAUGCGCAAAGGCACUUGCCAUGUCUUUUGGAGCCUGUCUGAGAUGCCGGGAGAUGGGGUCCUGCAUGGAGAGCUGCUGAAGGAACAGUUUGCUCCCAUCUUCAACCUGCAGCUGUUUGUAUCAGAAUUGAUUGGAUACAUUGAGGGGCGCAAUGAUUCUCCUAAUUAUACUCGGUGGUUAUGCUUUGGGGAGACAUGGCCUGACUUCAAUCGCUCCUGGAAGAAAAAACUGAUCAUGGUACAAAUAAUUCCCAAGGUUUUAGAAACUCUUUGUGAACUGGGCCAAAUUUGGGGGGCAUCGUCAUUAAAAGGUAACGAACCAGACCUAAGGAUCUCAGAUUCUCUACAAUACCACAACUUUCUGGAGCAGUUGCGAAAAUGGGAAGAGAAGAUGGAGAUAAGAGUUUAGGAACUAGCUACCCAGUACAUGUUGUCCACAGUCGGCUGCAGCUACCUUUGGAUUCUUCUGUUCUACAGCACAAUGACAUUUUGUCUUUCCUGUGAAAAGGUGAACACUGAAAACUGAAAUGUAGCCUGGAAUUCUACUGGACUUUUUAAGUCAAUUGAAUUAUUGCUUCCCUCCUUCCCCCACAACUCCCCAGCGUUAUGGUUUUGGGUCUGCAUACUGUCUAGAAUGUAAAAACUAUUUUUUUGUGUUUGGUCUAAUAAAAUAAUG